GGGCCUCCUGGGGCGGCGGGCGGCGGGGUCCUCGGCCAUGGCCGCUGCUGCCAUGCGGAUCCGGAUGGUCCGGGGCGCCCACCCGCUGCCCUUCCUGUUCCUGCUGUUGGUGGCGGCGCCGGGGACUCGGGCCUCCGGCUAUGAGACCUGCCCCGAGGUGAAGCCGGACAUGCUGAACGUCCACCUGGUGUCGCACACGCACGAUGAUGUGGGCUGGCUCAAGACAGUGGACCAGUACUACUACGGGGUUUACAAUGGCGUCCAGCACGCUGGGGUGGAGUACAUCCUGGACUCGGUGAUCUCCGGCCUGCAGGCAGAGCCCAGCCGCAGGUUCGUCUACGUGGAGAUGGCCUUCUUCUCCCGCUGGUGGCACCGGCAGACCAACGCCACGCAGCAAGCCGUGCGGGAGCUGGUGCACCAGGGGCGCUUGGAGUUUGCCAACGGUGGCUGGGUGAUGAACGACGAGGCGGCUGCCCACUAUGGUGCCAUCGUGGACCAGAUGACCCUGGGGCUGCGCUUCCUGCAGGACACGUUUGGGGACGACGGGCGCCCCCGUGUGGCCUGGCACAUCGACCCCUUUGGCCACUCCAGGGAGCAGGCGUCCCUGUUUGCUCAGAUGGGUUUUGACGGCUUCUUCUUGGGGCGUAUCGACUACCAAGAUAAAGCGGAGCGUCUGAAGCAUCAGGAGAUGGAGCUGCUGUGGCGGGGCAGUGCCAGCCUGAAGCCCCCGACCACCGACCUCUUCACUGGUGUGCUGCCCAACAAUUACAACCCACCCAAGGAUUUGUGCUGGGACGUGCUGUGCGCCGACAAACCCAUUGUGGAGGACCCCCAGAGCCCCGAAUACAACGCCAAGGAAUUGGUCCAUUACUUCCUGAGCCUGGCUAAUGCCCAGCACCGGUAUUACCGCACCAGCCACACCGUGAUGACCAUGGGCUCAGACUUCCAGUACGAGAAUGCCAACAUGUGGUUCAAGAACCUUGACAAGCUCAUCCGACUGGUUAAUGCAGAGCAGGCGAAGGGCAGCCGCGUCCACGUGCUCUACUCCACCCCUGCUUGUUACCUGUGGGAACUCAACAAGGCCAACCUCACCUGGUUGGUGAAAGAAGACGACUUCUUCCCGUAUGCCGACGGCCCCCACCAGUUCUGGACCGGCUACUUCUCCAGCCGGCCGGCCCUCAAGCGCUACGAGCGUGUCAGCUACAACUUCCUGCAGGUGUGCAAACAGCUGGAGGCGCUGGCAGGCCCAGCAGCCAACGUGGGACCCUACGGCCUGGGAGACAGUGCACCCCUCGAUGAGGCGGUGGCCGUGCUGCAGCACCAUGAUGCCAUCACCGGCACCUCUCGGCAGCAUGUGGCGGAGGACUACGCACGCCAGCUGGCCGCAGGAACAGGACCGUGCCAGGUUCUCCUGAGCAAUGCCUUGGCACGGCUCAGCGGCUCCAAGGAGGCCUUCUCCAUGUGCCCAGACCUCAACAUCAGCGUGUGUGCGCUCAGCCAGAACUCCACACGCUUCCAGGUCACCAUUUAUAACCCCCUCGGCCGGAAGGUGGAUCGCAUGGUGCGGCUGCCGGUCAGUGAAGGCUCUUUCCUCGUGAAGGACCCCAAGGGUGACACUGUGCCCAGCGAUGUGCUGCAGCUCCCCCAAGCAGUUGGAGACACGCCCAGACCAGAGCUGCUGUUCUCAGCCUCCGUGCCAGCCUUGGGCUUCAGCACCUAUUCAGUAGCCCGAGUGUCCUCCCGGAACCCCCAGGCCCGUACCCCCCAGCCCAUCCCCAAGAAGACCGCAUCAGUGGCCUUGGUCAUCCAAAAUGAGCACAUCCGGGCCACUUUCAACCCUGAGACAGGACUGCUGAUGCAGAUUGAGAACAUAGAGCAGAAACUCGUGCUGCCCGUGAGCCAGUCUUUCUUCUGGUAUAACGCCAGCACGGGCGACAAGAGCAGCAGUCAGGCGUCGGGGGCCUAUAUCUUUAGAACCUCUGAGCUGAAGCCGCUGCCUGUGAGCCGCUGGGCUCAGACCCGCCUGCUGAAGUCGGCCUUGGUACAGGAAGUACACCAGAAAUUCUCAGCCUGGUGUUCCCAGGUGGUGCGUCUGUACCCGGGACAGCGGCACUUGGAGCUGGAGUGGACAGUGGGGCCCAUCCCCACCGGUGACAACUGGGGGAAAGAGGUUAUCAGUCGUUUUGACACGCCGCUGGACACCAAGGGUUACUUCUACACGGACAGCAACGGCCGGGAGAUCCUGACGAGGAGGCGGAACUAUCGGCCCACGUGGAACUUGAACCAGACGGAGCCCGUGGCCGGGAACUAUUAUCCAGUCAGCAGCCGCAUUUACAUCACGGAUGGGGAGAAGCAGCUGACGGUGCUGACCGACCGCUCUCAGGGGGGCAGCAGCCUGCAGGACGGGUCGCUGGAGCUCAUGGUGCACCGCAAGCUACUACAUGACGACAGCCGUGGAGUCGGGGAGGCGCUGCUGGAGGAGGGCUCGGGGUCCAGGGUGCGAGGUCGCCAUCUCGUGCUGCUGGAUGCGGUGGACGAGGCGGCCGCGGGGCACCGGCUGCAGGCGGAGAAGGAGAUCCUGGCACCGCAGCUGGUGUUGGCCCCCGGUGGGGGCGUCCCCUACCACCCCGGAGCGGCUCAGCUCACCGAGUUCUCAGGGCUGCGCAAGGAACUCCCGCCCUCUGUGCACCUGCUCACCCUGGCCCGCUGGGGCCCGGACAGGUUGCUCAUCCGCUUGGAGCACCAGUUCGCCCUCGGGGAGGACUCAGGCCGCAACUUGAGCGCCCCGGUGACUUUAAAUCUGCAGGAAAUGUUCACCACCUUCACCAUCGCCCACCUGCAGGAGACCACGCUGGCGGCCAACCAGCCCCGAGACAGCGCCUCCAGGCUCAAGUGGAUCCCAGAUACGGGCCCCGUCCCCAACCCCACAGUGGCCGCGUUGGACCCGGCCGCCAUCACGCUGCAGCCCAUGGAGAUCCGGACCUUUGUGGCCUUGGUCCGGUGGAAGGAGGACGCCUGGGCCCACGGGCAGGCCUCAUCGUAGACCUGAGCUCUGCGCCCUGCAGGAGUCGGACCCUCCCCUUUGCUCCUUUGCUGCCGCCCGCCCGCCGCCGAUGUCAUUAAAGGAGCAGUCCCCAGAGGCA